GGAUUUUCUCAGGCCAACUACCCGGGAUUCUCUCAGCCUCGAAGCUCGCCUAGCUGUCGCUAAGGUCAAUGGCGGAGCGAAGAUUUUGGCGGAUCUUUUUCACCGGUUCUCUCGGGCCAGACGAGCGCAAAUUACACCUGCGCUUAACCUAACUGCCAAGAUCACGGCGGAUGCUAUCCCAUCCGACGAGCUUCUAUUUGGUUCCUCGUUCGGUGAGCAGAUUAAAAAAGCAGCUUCCAUGCAAAAGACGUCCAAGGACAUAGUUAGGACUCCGCUUGCGGUAAAUAGAAGAGUGCAACAGCCAAUGUCACAACCAUUACGGGUGGCUCCAUACAGAUCGGGAAAUGCCCGAGCCCCUGCGUCUCACACAAGGACGGCGACAAAGAGAUCAGGGGCGAGCACCAGUCGCCGGUCAUACCGAGCCAGAUCUCAGUCGAGGUCGAGGAGGCAUUAAGCGGAGAAGAGCAGCACUCAUCCCGCUUGGAACAGGAUUACCCUGGCUGCCGCCAGGUUGUCCGGCAGGCAUUCUUGCUAAAGGGAAUUCCGAGCGCAGCACUGGAUACGACACUUGCCUCCCUCUCAAGGGCAUCUUUAGCCCAAUAUGCAAAGCCUAUGAAGAUGUGGUGGUCGUUCUGCAAAGAGAGAAAUUUCAACUUCUUCGCCCCAUCAGUACCUUCUUUUUUGGAAUUUCUAUCGUCCGCCUUCGCUGAGGUGGGCUCUUACGCC